UUGAAGCAGGUCGGCGAUGUGUUUUGCGGGGUAGAAUAAAAUAAUUCGACGUGUCACGAGUCGCCUGCCUUUGUGCGGGACCUUUUGACUUGAUUGUGUCGCCAUUUUGUUUAAUCGUGAACGAAUGUUGUUACGGCUUCAGAAAGGUUGUGAUCGCUCCGCGUUUUUCCGCCGCCCCCCCUAGCAGCUCGCUGGGAGCAGUGGGGAAAAACAAACAGGUCGAACGGAGGAAGAUUGGUAGCCGGUUAGAUGUGGAGGCUGUUUGGUAGCGAACGGUUCGUGUUUAUGCCGUCUGUUGCUAAUUCAAAGUUCUGCGGCUCGAGUCCCCUGCGUUCGGGACGCGGUUCGGAAGUUUUUGCCUCCCCCACCGAGUAUGUUGUCGCUUCCCAACAUUUUCGUCGAGGUUGUUGGAGCGCGUAGUCUGCCCGCUGCGGUCUUGUGCCAUUCCCGACGUUUUGUUCACCGCCGGCCGUGUUUCGACGUUUAAUGAAUUAAAGUUCCUGCUGGGAGCGCUCUGAAUACGGCGGAGAUGCACACCAGGCGCCUGGUGAAGCGGUCGAUCCUUGGCAGCCGCGUUUAUGCGACGAGCCCGACUGGGGACGGUGCCCCGGUGACAGGAGUGGUCCAGGCUGUCAAGCAGGAAAACAGGGACGCAUCCGCCGCUGGACCCCGGCGGAGCGUGUACACCGUGCUCCUGCAGGACGGAAGCCUGAAGGAGUUCUCCGAGGAGGAGAUAGCCGCUGGAUCAAACCACACAGCGGCCAAAGGACCGCUCAAGUCCAGCCUGAAGCAGAGCUCCAGUAACGGGGUUUCAGAUGGUCACAAGUUGGAGAGCGGCUGCUGGAGCCCAGAGGCAGUGGAAGAGCAGAGGCCUGUGGACGGGAAGCGAGUUAGCCGGGAUCCCGACGCCCGAUCCGUGUCCCUUCUAGAGCAGAAACGCAAAGUGGUCUCGUCCAGCAUUGACGUCCCACAUGCCAGACGGUCAGAGGAGGAGGUGGACAUGGACAAAGUGACGGCCGCCAUGGUGCUGACGAGCCUCUCCACCAGCCCGCUGGUCAGGAGUCCGCCUGUCAAAGUCAGCGAGGGCCUCAGCGGUUCGUGGAAGGACAACGGCUCUGCUGGACCCUUCACCCCGUCCAGCAACAGUUCCUCAGGAGGCUACUGGAGCUGGUCAGCGCCCAGCGACCAGUCCAAUCCGUCCACGCCUUCGCCGCCGCUCUCAGCUGACAGCUUCAAGCCCUUCCGUGUGCCAAGUGUGGGCGGCGUGGGGUCCAACCCGCCGGGGGUGGAGGACCCGAGCCUGGACGAGCAGGACGGCAGCAGUCUGCUGUUCGAUGAGCCCAUCCCGCGCAAGCGCAAGAACUCCAUGAAGGUGAUGUUCAAGUGCCUGUGGAAGAAUUGUGGCAAGGUGCUGAGUACCACUGCAGGCAUCCAGAGACACAUCCGCACCAUCCACCUGGGGCGUAACUGUGAUUCAGACUGCAGCGACGGCGAGGAGGAUUUCUACUACACAGAAAUCAAGCUCAACACGGAUUCCGUUGCCGACGGGCUGAGCAGCCUGUCGCCUGUGUCCUCCUCCGUCAUCUCUCCCCCACCGCCGCCCCCGUCUCCUCUGGCCCCUCUCAACCACCAGCCGGACUCCCACCGACCCGCCCACCCGUCCGACUCCAAGGAGCCUCACCCCGGCGGCACCACCCCGCUCAGCCGCUCCGCUCCAAGCGCUCUCUACCUCAUCCACACGGACCACGCCUAUCAGGCCACAGCUCCGGUGUCCAUCCCCUCCAGCAGCAGCAACUCGUCCUCCACCAGUUUCACUCCAACCAACAGCUCCAGCUUCAGCAUCUCCUGGCAGUCUCCUCCCGUCACUUUCACAGGAAACACGGUGUCUCCCACUAAAAGCCAAGGAUUUGGAGAGCAGCGGUCCCAGACCAUCGCCGUCCUUUCGUCCCCUCCUAGAGCGACCACUGCCCUCAGCCGGAAAGUGCGCGGCGAGGGGAAGAAGUGCCGUAAGGUGUACGGGAUGGAAAACCGCGACAUGUGGUGCACCGCCUGCCGCUGGAAGAAAGCCUGUCAGAGAUUCACCGACUGAUCCCAGCCGACCAAUGCAACGCCUCAGCAGCAGGCGCCGUAGCUGUCGGCCAGAGAAAUGUGGAGCGAGGGGGCUUCAUUUUGCAUGCACUUGGUCUUUCUGCAGCCCAGAAUCGCAACUAUCCGUCAAGCUCCGGCCCCUCUUCCACGUUAGCGAAUCCCUUCCAGCAGCGGAGGCAAAUGAAGGAUGGCAGAGCGGCUUCUCUUUCUUUCUUUUUUUCCCUUUUGUUUUUUCCCGGUUCUGUCCAGGAUUCCUAAUUCUGCCUCCACCAUUCCCGUCAUUCCCAGUGAAAGGGAAACCCCAGUGCAGCUAAGCGGUGUAAAAAUAGAUCUUUUCAUGUCGGGUUCAGUGUUGCAUCUUUCUAGUUUUGUACAGCUCUGGUUUUAAAUGGAGAGUCUUGUCUAAGAAGCAAUCGAGGAAAAACAAACAAACAAAAAAAAGACCAAAAAGUGUUUUCGUGUUAUAAUAAAAAGAUUCAAAAGAAGACUUUUACUUUUCUAUCCAAAAGAAGAACAUUGGAGGAGAAUUAAUUUUUUUAUUUUGUUCUUUCAACCCUUGCCCUCGUUUUGAUUCAUUUCUGGACGUUUUGAGGUCAUAUUCUAUCACCGACGUCACAAUCAUUCCUGUUCCUUCAGCACUCCACGGGAACACAAGGGGAUUGGAUAAAAGGCGGGAACGAGAAGGAAGCGAGAGACACACACAAGGUGAAUGAUCAAUGCAAACUUAAGUCAGGGAAAACAGACGGACCACAUCGCACUUAAACAAUAACCUGCUUAUUCAAGUCAUUUCCUUCCUGUUGUUCAGGGAUGUGAUUCUCAAAGUGAAAGAACCAGCAGCUUAAACGUCGGGUUUAAGCUGCUGAGAUGGAGCCGCUUCCAUCUCAGCAGCUUCUGAACUUUGUACCAAAACCUCUUUCCUCUGUCAUGUUGUUCAUGGGUUGUUUUUUUUUUUAUCUUUUUUGUUGGGUUUUUUGGGGGGGCUUUUGUUGCUGUGCCAUGUUUACUUCUUGUUUUAAGCAUGCUGCUUCUGCUCUCGUUUUAAUGGGAUCAAACUGAAGAUUUUAAACAAAAACCCGUUCUAAAAAACAACUCCCUGGCAGCUCUUGGAGUCGCACCAUAAAAAGAGCAACAUGUUUUCACCAGAUGCAGAGAUAAGUAACCCUCUCCCUCCAGUCCAUUUUGCAGUUUUCCAAAGGGAACCGCUGAAACGGGAAACCUUGUUUACAAAUGCUACAAAGGUGCAUCUUUAUUAUCUGUAAGCAAAAGCAAGGAGGGCUGAAAACCAAAAGAAUUGCACUAAUUAUAUAUAAAAAAGAGAUUUAUACCACUAUGUAAACUCAGUUUCUUAUUAAAAUGGUUUCUAUGAAUGAGAUGUAACAGCAAAAAAACAAACAAAAAAAAACUCAACAUAGUUGCAUACGCCGUUUUGUAGAAGUGAAGGGAAAAGUUGUAAGAGCUCUGGGUCAGUUCACCACUUUGCUAGUUUGUACCAGAAUUUUUGUACCUACAUGUUGGCAUUUCAUCCCCAUAAACAAAAUGUUCAACCAUUUAUCAGAUGAUUUCUGUCAGUUAGGCAUGUUAAUGAAUGACAUAUAAUCAAUUUUUUAAAAAUGCUCAAUGCUCGUAUUAAGUAAUUUAUCUUUGCCUUAUGAAAUAUAGCACUCUACUUCUAUUGGCUGCACUUCUGUUAUUUAUUUGGGCCACUAAACUCUUAGAAAAUGUGAUUAUGAAGUGUGACCAAACCAAAAUAACUAUAAAAUAACUCCUUCUCAUAUUUAUUCUGUUCACACAGCUACAUUUCCUUUCAGCAGAAUACAGUAAUUUAAGUUAAACCCCAAAGGCGAUUGUUAUACAUCACAUUAAAAGCACCAACUUGCCUCUGCCAAGUUUUACAUGUCGAUACCUAUGUUGCAAGAUUUUGAGUUCAUUCUGAGAACUAUAAUUAAAUAAUGUAUAAGAAUUCAAAAUAUUUCAAUUCUUGCCUCUUCUGUGAAUUGUUAAUCAUUACUUGUUUGUAUAAAUAUGAGAGGCGACGUCACACUGUGUGUGAGAGAGACAGCAGUAGCUGCAAAAUCUUUUGAAAAUCUUUUAAAGUGAUUACUGCUGUAGUUCACAUGUCAAGAAUCGUCAUACAGAAAAACGAUUUUAAAACAGUUUGUCCUACGGGAAAAAGCUGUUAUCCGUUAUGAUGAUGUAAUUUAAUUAUUUAGUCAAAUUUUACUCAGAAGUUAAAAUGUCCACGUUUCAAGUUGGAAAAAAAUUGACAUAAAGGUCACCUUAAGGUUGGGAAAGCUGGAAGUGUCUAGCAACCCAGACCUCAAAACUUAAUGUGGUUACUUUGCGUAUAAAACAUUGUGACAAUCAUAACAAAUACUUUUUUUUUUCUUUUUACCUUUUAAGAGAUAUCUUUAAUUUGAUUACAAAGGACAAUGGAACCCGCUUUAUAUUGUUAAAAUCAUUGCUGUUACCUCGGCAUAUCACUUAGCAAAUCCUGCUUGUUUUCUUUCCUGGAACAUUGUUCAAUUGGUUAAUUGUUAACCUUUUUUGUCUUCAUGACGAUUUGAAACAUCUCACUGCUCCUGAAAAAAAGACCGUUUCGAGACUUUGUCACUCUAUAGAAACUUCCACACUGAAGAGUGUUGUCAGUGCGACCAUGGUAGCGCUACUGUUCUCUGAAAGAGAGAGGAUUUUUUUUCAUUUCCAAUCGACUUGUCGCUGGUCAAGGCCGAUCUGGCUCAAAUCAUCAGAUUCUGGCCGUUAUGUUUUCCCAGUUCAUCUCAAUGGCAGAUGGCUCUUUUUCAUACCUGCAAAAGUCAAAUGAAAAAAGUAUAAAAUGGCAAACUGGUGGAAUGACCGGCACCCUAUUAGGUCACUUGGGUGUUGUUUACCAUGCACUGCACUUAUCCACUCACUUCCCAUCAUGCAAACAGAUUUACAGUCUAAGCUUCAGAUUGUAGUUGAAGAAAUGUUCUUUUCCCAAAAGAAAACCUGUUCUUUGAAUUUCAUGUUCCAUUUUGGCUCAGAGGCAACGUAGGGUCCGAGGUCAACUUUAUUACAUUGUUGUGAAUCACAAACAAACGUGUUGAAGACGAGACGCGGAGUCGGAGGAGCAGGCACCUCGUCUUUUCCUCUUGUGCGUUUGCCCUGCUUUACGUGUCUUUUUAUUUUUUAAACGCAUGCUCUAAUCUUGGUUUGCACUUCUGUCAGCCAUUUUUACACCAGUUAUUAUGAACCAACACCAGCUGAUAAACUCGCAUUUGCCAUUUUAUCAUUCUGUACUUCCACUUCUGCAGGCGUAGCUCUUACUUUUGUCCUUUUUGUUGUUGUUUCUGUAUAUAUGGAGGUCUUGUGUAUCACUCUAUGCUCGUUUUGUUUUUAAACUCAUAGAUCAAGCGGUUCAUCUGAAUCCUUUUUUUUUUUUUUUUAGGACAGGUUGUGAGAAAAGUUUGCUGUUCAGCCUUAAUGUCGAAUCAUUGUGCUUCUUCUGUCGUUACAUUUAGAUUAUUUCAAAGCUCAUUCGCCCUUGUACAAUGUGAACAUAUUGUUUAAAAAAAAAAAAAAGGACAAAUCUAUAUAGUUUCAGAAAAAGAGAAACAUUUAAAUUCAAAGCUGGAAAAAAAAAAGAGCUUAUGCUGUUUUCCUUUCACUAUUUUUUCAUAUGUAUAUGCAUAUAAAUAUAUAGAAACUGUUUAUUCAUUUUAUUUUCAUGUUCUUCUGAGGAGGCUGUAGGAGGAAACUCAUUACAAUCUCAGUUUGUUGUGCUGUUGUCUCCAAGUGUGACCCACUUGGUGCUCCUUCAUGUUCCCACUAAUCCGCUAAACGUAUCCCAGACCCACAGAUGAUUGAAGUCUAAUUGUGUUUCCAUCCAAGCGUGGGAAACUGAAGGAACUCCAGGCGAAGUCGCAUGGAGCUGCACACCUUUCUCGAAGUGUCACCGGUUUCGCUCGGGUCCAAUCUGAGUUCAUGGAUGUUUUAGUUAGCAGCCGAGUUGAAAAUGUUUCCUUAUUUUUGUUUGUUUCAAUUUGUAAUUAUUGUUUCGUGUACUUCCCACUGCUUUCUCUCCACCACUGUGGUGCUUUUCCGUUCUUCUCCACUCGAGUUUGGAAACACUUGGCAUCAGCCGCAGUCCAGGUUCCAGGAACGAGUCCCUGCAGUCCUCAGAGUUGCUGGCAAAGCUGGAUAUAAACAAAGCGGCGGCAUUUCCGGGCAGCUAAUUUCACAAGACAUUAUCGCUAGUCUGUUUCAGUUUUUACAAGAUUUGGCUAAAGUUAAGCUAAUGUAACACUGUUUAUUUUUGGUUUGUUCCAAAUAAAACUCAAAAGAGCUCUUGCUAAUGUAUUUGUCAGCUCCCUCUGGAAACUCCAGGAUUUGUUCCUGGAAUCUUCCGACCUGCUUCACAGUGCCGAGAGCGUCGUUCGUCAACAACGGCACAAAGAUUGCUCCAGCCUGACGGUGCUUUUCGAGCCUCUGCCCGCUGAGGUCGAGGUUCUGGUGCUGUGGCCGCGGCGGGGGGAGAAACAGAGGUGCUAUAAAUAUCCACGCAGUGCUGUUUCUCCCUCUGAUCGCAUCGAUUCCAUUUUUGUACACAUUGUUAUAUUGCUGUAGAGAACAUGAAAAUAAAAAACACCCUGACUGAAGCCUGCCGAUGUGUCCGGACACAAAUCAGUGACGACCGCAGCCUGAAUCUACGGCGCCCUCCACACAUCGCAGUGAAGAUGUGGAAAAGGCCUGAAGAUAAAUUCAUCUUUUAUUGCAGUAGCAUUAUUUCAGAAUGAAAAAAUGUAAUUUAAAAAAAAAAAACACCUUUAAUUUAAAUAUACUUAUUUAGUGAGACAAAUUCAGAUGUGUAAUGUGAUCCAGGCUGAUUUCUUUUAGCCGCUCUUCAAAAUGGGAAAGAUAAGUGAACAUUCCUAUUAAGUGAGGUAAAUGCAUUUCAGACUAAUCUCUCUGGAAACUAAUUAGCUCCAAAUAAAUAGCUGCUUGUUUAAACAUGGCCAUAUCUACAGUCAAAGCAAUUGAGUAGUUUGGAGCGGCAAUAAACAAGACUGGAUGAGGAAAUAAUAAUAAUAAUUGACACAGAGCACUAAAAUCAUUGGACUUGAACUGGAACGGUGUGCUUUGGUCUCAAUAGAGACUAAGAUUGCGUUUUUCCAGUAGAAAUCAUCCCAGUUUGGUUUGACAAGAAAUGGAGAUAAAUACUCAACGCUCACUGUUCAGAGUUUUAAAUACCACGAAAUGGUCGUUUAAAACCUUGGUGGACACUGUUGGAAAUUUGAAAAUGUGUCAUCAUGGCUGAGUCUUUAAGCAAGAUAAUUAGACAAACUCAGAUCUGGUUCAUCAGACAAAUGUUAACAUCUCAUGACAACCUCGGUCUGCAGAGCCAGUGAUUUUAAGAUAAACGUUCUUAAUGUGAGCUGUCUUCCUGAUUACAUAUAUCUUCACAUAUUGGCAGUAUGAAAUUAUGCUACUGUAAUAAAGGACACGUUUGUUAUAAAAAUGUUUUGCACGUGUAGAAGAUUACAGGAGUUCAAAGUAGUCGGAUCAUUUUCCAUCAGAUGUUGGCACGCUGAAGUGCGUUAAGGCACAAGUAAAACAUUUUAGCACUUAACUUGGAGGGAGACUAAUAUUUAUUAAUGGCUUGUUUAUUUGAUUUUCUUGAGCUUUUGAUCUAUGACACAAUGUCUUCAUCGGUGGAUCAAAAUCUGAUGCCUUAAAGACUGUACAGGCAUGAGACGUCUCUAAAAUACACUUUUAGUAUUCUCUAGGAUAAAAAUAUAUAAAUGCACCUGAGUAUUGCUUAGCGUGUUUUGAUUUGAAAAAAGGAAGACUUUAACUGAGUAGAGUAAUCAUUUUUGUAUUUUUAAUGUAAUAAAGCCAGCAACGUAAUAAGUUUGUUGUUACAAUCUUGUGAUCUAUGUUUUAGAUUAUGACAAUGACAUAAUAUUUUGCCAGCUUAUGAAAAGUCAUUACAUUGUUGGCUGGCUAUUAAUUAUUCACACAGCAUUUAAAAAUUCCUUUGCAAAUGUAGCAAAUCUAGGUCAGUUAUUUAUUUGACACUAGUUCACAAAUUUGUCAAUAUUUGUCAAAAAUAAUUCAGUGUGGUCAUACAGUAUAAGCAGAUUAAAAUGUAAGUAUUUAUUCUAACUGAGUCAUAUUAAUAGUACAGUGCAGCUAAGUUCAGUUUAUUACACCAUUUAGUAAAAGGUUUCUUCACGGUUAUCCCAGCAGAUUGCACUGAGUCGUUAACUUUGCAGCAAUCCCCCAUACUGAGCAAUCACAUGGCGACAGUGGAGAGGAAAGACUCCAUUUUAACUGGAAGAAUUAUUCUCUUCCUGAAAUUUAGAACCGCUUACUACCAGAUGCAUGUAACAGAAAUUUGACAUGUGUUUUUUCUACAUGUAACAUUGUUAAUUGCCAUAUCCAAGCUAACAAAAACAAAGGUUUUGUACAAUCCCUCAAACUGGCUCAUACAAUCUUCAGUAAAGGAAAGAGAGUGCUGCAUUGUGCAUAGUUUUUAUAAAUGAAUAUGAGUGUAAUAUUUACUGCAGCUAUUUUUGAUUUACCAAUGGUUAAAAAAAACUGCAAAAACUCUUCAAACGUAUUGGAGACAUUGAAUUAUACUGUUGGAUAGACUUUAGCAUUAUUAGCUGCAGUACAUUUUCUAAGGAUUUUUAAAAUUUUACACAAACCAAUAUAACAAAUAGCCAAAAAUGUGUUAUGUUUUUGGCAAAAUACUUUUGUUAUUGCCUCAAAAAACUUUGUUACCUGCAAGUUAAAAUAUUAUUGGCUUUGUUGCAUUUAAAAUGGCCAAAAUCACAUUACUGGCUGCUGCAGGCCUCUAUGCAGGUGUUGCAUGCAUUCUGUAGCCUUGAGCUCUCAGAAUGAUCUGGGCUAUUAUGAGUAUAAGCUACAAAUAGCAUGGUUAAACCUCAACAGAGCACUUAAACGUCUGAUGAAGACCAUGUGAAGCAGUCAAAAGCUCCAGAGAGAAUAAAAUAAGUGUUUUCAUCCAGGAAUGUCUGAAUUAUUUCGCUUUUGUUGCAACAAAUUGGUUUUUCUGACCAUGAUUGCAGGUCCUGUUGGCGUUUUACCAAACCAUCAGAUGAACAUGUUGAAGCAUGUAGGAGUUCCUGAAUAAUUCACUUUGUUUCAGGAAAACCUGGCCAAAAAUAUUUCUAAUGAUGCCUAACAGCAUCUGAUCUGAUUUAUUUAUAUUAAAGCGAUCUCUCAACCUCCAAAUCUUGUGGACGGAGGUUGGGGGGGUUUCUGGCAAGGACGAUAGGAAACUGUGCCAUCAGAAGGCCAGCGAGAUUAAUCUGAAUACUUAAGAUUUUUUUGUUUUGUUUUCUGCAAAGAGCUGCAGGUUGUUCUGUGCUGCCUAAUGAAGGGCUGAGCUGUGAAUUAUGCGCAGAAUAAAACAAAGAUUGCGUUGUUGUGCUUAUGGGUGUUGUAAAACUCGCCUCUUCUGAGUUAACGGUGGACUCUGGCCAUGUGUCCAAUGUAAUUAUGGGCAGCGAUGGCUUUAACUGCAGCUCAUGUUGUUGACAGUUUUAUAUGGAGUCCUGGUUUAUGUAACUGAUCUUUAGCUACACGACAACACUUGUGCGUGACAAGAAACUGACACUUAAUAUAUCCUCUAUCAUCCGUAUAUAGGUCAGUAAGCUACAAUAUAAGCCGUAGUGCAGUAUAUCUAACCAGUAUCAGUGUGCACCAGUAUCCAGAACUGUACUCUCUCAAAACUUUGUUUGCGUUGUUCAUGGUUGGUGUGGCGAAGAGACUUUUGUUCUGUUGAGGAAGUUCCUCUCGGCUCUGUGGGUGCUGAUUAACCAGCCGCCUCCCCUCCCAGCGGGCGAUAAGGAAACGUCCGAGGCAUCUUUAUCUGCCUCCCUGCACACAGAGCUUCCUGCUUUCUGCAGGCUGGCAACAGGUGGCGCUCUGCAGGAGUUAGAAGUCAUGUGGUGGUCAGGUUUACCGCCUGCCAUCUUUAUGGGUCAUUGUGUGUUUGUGUUUUUUUAUUGGCUGCCUGUGCAAGUGUUGCUGUCGAUGAAAAGAGGAGAGUCUCUCUCUCACUUUUACUCGGUUUUCUUCAUUCUCUCGUUUAUUCAGGAAUGUGAAAAUGAGUCACAGAGACUAAAGUCGUUUCUGCCACUUGUUAUACGCAGCUUUGCAAAGUAUCCACACCUGAACCUUUCAGUUUUUGUCACGUUCCAACCUCAAACUUUAGUCUGUUCUAUUGGAAUUUAAUGAGAUAAAUCAACUCAAAGUGGUGCACAAAUGUUAAGCUUGAUGGGCAAAUAAUAUGAGGUUUUAACUUUAAUUUUUUUUUAUACAAAUAUGCUUUGAUCUAUAACAUUUAAUAAUAGCUGUGACUUUGUUGUCUUGAUGGUGAACCUCCAUUGAAGGUUUAAGUUUCUUUACCGGCUUUCUUCCAACAUUCCUCAUUAUUUACCUUCCUCCAUCAUCCUAUUAACUCGACUAGAUUCCCUGAUCCUGCUGAAGGACAGCAUCCCCACAGCAUGAUUCUGCAACUACUUUGCUUGACCUAGAAAAUGAGCCGGUCAGGAUGAUGAGCAGAGCUAGCUUUCCACCCCAUUUUGCAUUUUGGCCAAUAAGUUUAAUUUUGGCAUUCUUCUGACCAAAACAUCUUCUACAUGUUUCACUUUUGUCCCCUGUAGCUUAUAGCAAAUUGCUCAUUGGAUUCCUCCAGGUCAGCUAUAACUUUAUGACUUCAGAGAUCAGAUGAAUUUCUUAGUGACACACAUCGGUUUUACAUUUGUGGUUGUAAUGUGACAAAACUUUAGCAAAGUGCUCAAGGUUUUCGAAACAACAUGACCAGAAGUGUGUGUGUGUGUUUGUGUGUGUCGCUGCUCCAGGAUCAUCUUCAGUCUGAGUAUAUUUGGAGGAGUGUUGAAUGUGCCUUGAUAAGCGUGGAGUUUCACCACGUUGCGUGUUGAAACUGUGGGACGUGUGCCUGCUCAGUCAGCAGCACACGGACGAAGACGACGAUGGAAUGUUUCUGGUGCUGGCUAGUCUGAGUUCUGCUUUUUUAAAAAUUUUUUUGUAUCUAUGAGUCAAUAGAUUUGUGAUGCAAAGAAAUCCGUCUUGUGCGUUGUGUACGGAGGGAGACCCGUUUUGGCCUCUCCCUUUCUUUUUGGUUCCAGAACGAUAUUUGGGGGUGUGACUUUUCUACUCUUUGCUGUAACUUGUAAACUUGUAGUUUUUUUUUCCAACUACUACGACGAUGAAUUUUCCACGUGUCGUUUAUUGUGCGAUCGUCAUCUUUGUUUUCCCAAACAUGACUCCUCUCUCUCCCUUUCACGCAAGGGCUCUGUAGACCACCGUGCGAGGAAAUGUCGCGGUGCACACCGGGAAUGUUUGGGAAAUCAAGGAAGCUUCCUUCACCAAAACAGUCGGUGAAAUGAUCCGCCUUCCACAGGAACCUGAGCGGGACUCCUCUCCCUUUCAGUGUUGAAUGUGGGUGAACAUUAAUGGCUUUUAAUGGAAGAAAAAAGAACCCCCCCGCCCCCGACCCCGCUCUCAUCAGCCUUGAUUCCAUUAUUGGCUUUGAAUGCAGCAUUAAUUAGCUGUUUUCCUUCAGAGGCAUUAGUGACACAGCUCCCUGGGGUUCAACCUGAAUAUGCAACAGAGAGCGGCGACCGUCCCUCUCUUCCGACAGGAUCAUCUCACUGGCUGUUUUCUUUUUAUAUAUAUAUAUAUAUAAUUAAAAUCACAUAGACCUCAAGAACUCGAUGACUGUCGCACUGGAUUUUUACACUUUUCUCUUCAAACGGUGUACCACUCUGGUCUAAGUAUUUUUAAUGCAGCAUGUGCAUGCGAAUAAGUAAAGUAGUGACUUUAUAUAAGUGUCUUUUAUGUGUGCCGUAGCACCGUGAACGGGUUGAGAACAGCCAGUGUCGCCUCAGUGUGGGCGUUGAGCCCAACUUCAGCUGCUCCCAGGGCUUAUAAUUGGUGUUAAGAGAAACCCCCCCCCCCCCCCAAAAAACAAUGGUUUUAUUUUUUGUUGUUGUAGUUUACCCAAGCACUUUGAAAGGACACCUUUCAUCGACGCCCCGUUACAUUUCGGAUGAAAAGGUGUAAAAACGUCCACAAAAAUGUGCUGACGAAUCCGAACUUUCAUCAUCUUUGCUUAAGUUUAAAAUAAAAAAAGCUACAUUGUCUGUGUAGAUACAAACUGGUUGACUUAAACAGCUGUGACGUUAGAACCGUACUGGCCUGCUCCAGUUUGUUAGGCCAUCAUGGCCAUCAUGGGAAGCAGAAACGUGUGGAUUUCACAAAACCUCCCUGAGCAAAUUUGUCAGUCGGAGGCUGCUCUCCGCCCUCCGGGAGCUUGGCACAAUUUCAUUUGACUUUUUCUUUUUUUUAUCCUUUGAAAGCCUCGAAAUGUAAAUGUUUUCUAUGUGUAUCUGACCUGUACAACCAACCCUAACUGUAGAUGCAGCCUAUCUCCCUCCCGUCCUGCUCAGUGCAUUCGGUGACCCAGCUGGGUUGGAAAAUGUCAAACUCAAACGUAUCUGACGUUGCACAGAGAUGGAAGUCAGUAGAGAACGGCGGAGCGGGUAUUAUUGCAUACUGAGAAGCUCAGGAUCUCGUUUCGUUAACGGAGGAUUAAAAAAAAACAAAAAGAAGAAGAAGAAAUAAUUCUAAAAAGUGUUUCUGAAAUGUUCAAAUGAAAGCAGUGGUGAUAGUUGAGUGGAAUAAAUGUAUUCUGAGGGAGAAGCUAAAAUGUCUUCUAAACCAAACCAUAAGCAAGCAAAUUAAAAUCUCAAACAAUUUGUUUACCAUUCAUAAAGAUUAGGAAGAGUGACUGAAAAACAUCAGAAAUAAAUUAGACAUAAUUUCCCUGGCACAUGGAAAAGACAAUGUUUCGUAUUAAACGUCCACUUAGGAGCUGUGGCAUCUGUUUUUACACUUCGUCGAAAAGAGAUGUGGAAACUAGAAAAGCUAUAAAAUGCCUGCAGACCCCUCCUUUGUUUCUAAUGCAACAGAUGAAAAUAAGGGAGCGUAGUUAAGAACGUUUUGGAAACAGAAGUUGUCUCCAGUCGUGUGUCCUGAUGAGUUAUUUGAGUUCCUACAAUUUUGAAUUUAUUUGCUCAUUCCCCUCUGAUAUCAACAUGGUAUUUCAUUUCCAAUCACUGGAUAUUUUUGCUUUUUUUUUUUAUGGACCGUUUUUGUCAAAGUUUAAAAUGGUCUAAAAUUGUUUUGGUAGUCUUUGUCACAACCCACUUACAAAAUAAUUAAAAAAAAAGAUUUUUAAUCUCAAGGAAUGAUUUGAGGUGAGGUAAAAAUUUGUUUUCAAUUUGUUUAUUUUUUUUCCUCUUCAUAUGAAAAUCAUCAUCGGAGACUUGAUUAUCGUAUUUAGUCAGGUUAUUUAUGAUAUUAAGGAUAUUAUGAUAUUGGUUGAAGAUCUGCACCAUGCAAGUCUGACAACAACAACAACAACAACAACAACAAAAACAGCUAAAACUGAAUAAAUAUGCAAAAAGGACCGUAUGAAGAUCUCUGGGCUCCAGAGCUUCACCAUCUCAGACAAACACUCGCACUUGGACAUGAUGCCUUGCCGUCAGAGCGGUUUGUUCCCUCGCCGCCUGACAAAUGUCCCCGCGGCUUCGGGUCUCACCCUGGGGUGACAUGGAAGCUGCUCAUGUCUGGGUUGAGGAGCUCUGCUUAAAGCUGCGAGCCUUGCCGCGACGCGGGGAGUCGCUCCUGUGGCCUCCCGAGGUACGACCCAUCUGCUCAAUGCAACAUUCACACCUCCUCCUGUUUGUUUUUCGUCGCGCACAAAAGCCCGCCGUCUCAGCCCCCCCCGCCGCCCCCAAAAAACAAUCUUUCUGCGUUUUUCGCAGCCGUAAUGCACAUUUCAGUGCGCAAGCUGUCGCGUUAUCAGCCCAAUAAGCCUCCCGCUGGCGCGCUUCGUACCAGCCAGUGUGACUAAUCAUCAUAAACGUGGAUAGCUGCAGAGCAUCGCCCUCAAACCGGGGACCGAGAUAAGAGCUGAGCGGAGGAGCUCUGGUUGCUUCUCUGGACUGAUGAGAUUUGCUUCUAAGCAGCAGCAUGAAGGCAUGGAGAGGACUUCCGGCCUCAGCGAGCAGGGAGCUCAGUUUGGGUUUUAUUAUAGCGGGCUCAAUCUGUGAGGUCAGCUGGCCUUAAUCGCUGCUGUCCGAUUCCUGGAUUCUGUGCAACAAGUUCAAGGUUGGCAAAAGAAAGUUUAACAACAUGAGAUUGCUUUAAAUUCAACUAAGAUUUUUGUUUUUCUUUCAAAACAGUGGAUUAACUAAAUAAUAUCUAAAAAAAAAAAAAUAAUAAUUAAGCUUACAUUAGGUUAUUCUUUAUGCAAUUUCUGGCUGAGAGGCGAGGUGAACCCUGAAAAGAGGCUGUAAGGUUUUAUUAGUAUAGUUAUUUUACUUAUGGUUAUAUUGCUAAUGUUUGACAUUUUUGGAUGGAGUCGCUUCUCAACAAAUGAGCAAUUUCCUUUCAGGGAUCAGUAAAGUAGAUUGUUAUUCUGAUUGCCCUUCCCCUCAGCGAUGGCCCUUGGUCUUAACCUGUGAAGGGAAUUUCUUGCACUAGAUUUUUAUUUAAGGUUGUCAGAGUAAAGGGGCGGAAUACAGCACACUUCCCAGAUGUUUCCUUUAUGCACGUCUCUGUCUUAUUCUGCAACCUAAAAUACUGAUCCCGUAGAUGUUUGUUGUGAGAAAAUGUAGAAAAGUUGAACAGUUAUGAUUGUGUGUUCUUUAUUAUUGGAUAGAUAUUUUCAGACAGCGCUGGGUACUUAUGGUUCUGUGUUUUGUUUUUUUUUUAAGGUGCAGCAGUUUGUCAUUUCUACAAAGUUAAUAUGUUGAUUAAAUUAAAGUUUAGAGAACCUUAUUUUUACCAGGUCUGGUGUGGCUGUUAAGACAAUCUGUUCCUACAAUUCUUGGAUCUUUAAAACUAGUCUUGAAUGAAGGACGUUUAGAGGAAACAUCUGGAUUAGUUUCUCAAAGCUUUAGAUGAGAAAUAAAGCUAGUCUCCAAUUCAACAGGUUUACAUCGGCACCUUAUUGCUUUGGAAUAUAGUAAUCCAUCUGCUGAUGAAUCUGUUUUAAACCCUAAAUAAGUCAAAUGGAGAACAGAGCAUCUAGGAAGGACUGGCAGCACCACUGCUCUCAUUGUGUUUUCAGAUUUUGACUUAAUCUAGAAUAAUAAUAUAUAUAUAAAAAAGAAUAACCUUUAUAAGAAAAUGGUGAGUUAGAACUGAUAAAACUAUUUUCCGCCUUUUGACCUCUUAAUGCUGAGCCACCUCUGCAAAGCUGACGUUCAGAUAUGAGUUUGGCAUCAACCCUCACUUUUACCUCAGCAGUUAGUUUCCAAAAAAAAAAAAUAAAAC